AUGCCCAUUUCUUUCGUUCUUCAUUUUUUUAAUCUUCUGCCUUUCUUUCAUUUUUCUUUCUUUCUUUUUUUCUUCGGUAUUCCUUUUGUAAUCUGCUUUUUCUUUCAUUCGUUUAAAUCUUCAACCAGAGAUGCACCUUUCUUUCUUGUUUGCUUUCUUUCAUUCAGCUGCCUUUGGUUAAUCUUUUUUUUUUCUUUCGUUCCUUCUUUCUUUCUUCUUUCCUUGUUACCCAUUUCUUUCUUUCUUUCUUCAUUUUUUAAUGUUCUACCUCUAUUUUCUUUUUUAAUUUUCACCUCGUUGUCCCUUUCUUUCUUUCCUUCUUUCACUCUUUCUUUACUUCUUUCUUUCUUUCCUUCUUUCUUUCACUCUUUCUUUCUUUCUUUUUCCUUUGUUUCUUUCUUUCUUUCUUUCUUUCUUUCUUCUAAUCGUCAUCUCCUUGCCCUUUUCUUUCCUUAUUCUUUUUUAAUUAUUCUUUCGUUUCCGUAUUUCUCUCGUUCUUUUUUAUUUUCUUUCGUUCCUUCUCCUAAUCUCCGACUCCUUUUCUUUCUUUCUUUCUUUCUUUCUUUCUUUCUUCUAAUCCCCACCUCAUUGAGCUUUUCUUUCUUUCUUUCUUUCUUUCUUUCUUUCUUUCUUUCUUUCUUUCUUUCUUCUAAUCCCCAGCUCAUUGAAUUUUUCUUUUUUUUUUUUCUUUCUUUCUUUCUUUCUUUCUUUUUUCUUUUUUCUUUCUUUCUUUCCAUCUCCUAA